AUGGCUGGCUACUUUAGGCUGGCCAGCCCUUGCAGAAUUUUCCAGGGCAGAUGCCGGCUGCUUGCGCCCUUGUCCAUCUGGUCCCUGGUCUGCCCCUUCAAAGGACCCCUCCAAGAUUCUGACCCCUCUAGCCCCUCCAUUUAUGCAAUUCUCAGCCCAUGCUGUCGAAGAAACAUUUCGGGACCUUCUCAACCGAGGGGCACUAACAAAGUCUCUCAAGAUCGUGUAAGAGACGACUUGACUGGGAAGCAGUUUUGGGAAGCGGGCAAGCCACUUGACCUGCUACAUGCCUAUGCAGCACAAUAG